GUCAAGGAAGGAGAGAGAGAGAGAGAGAGCGGGUGGCUGUAGAGUGAUGGGACCCCGGCUGAGGAAACAGCACCGAGUGAUCACUCUCCGAGCAGGUGAUGAAAGAAAGGUGUGAAGGAUGACUUCAUGCUCAGAGAUCUGUGGGUCAGAAUAUGGUGAGCAAGCUCAUGCUGGCGGAAACUACCAGCAGUACGGAGUCCGCUCCUACCUACACAAGUUUUAUGAGGAGUGCACAGGUUCUAUCUGGGAACGUGACGAAGAUUUUCAGAUUCAGAGAUCGCCUAGCAGGUGGAGCUCUUUACUCUGGAAGGUCUGUCUCGCGUUUGGAACCCUGAUGUUGUUAGCGGGCCUCAUUGUGGUUUUGGUGGGUUUUGUGACACCAGCUAGGAUCGAAGCUUUUGGCGAAGAUGAUCUUCUGUUUGUGGACAGCCACGCCGUCAGUUUCAACCAUGCACUGGAUGUCUGUAAGCUGACUGGUGCCGUGCUGUUUUGUGUGGGUGGAACCUAUAUGGCCAUCGGUCUCCUGCUUUCUGCUUUUGCCAAGAACUACACCAAGAAGGAACAGUAUCUCCAGCAAAGGUUCAAGGAGCGGCUGGCAGAUCUACAUGCAACAGUUGGUACACCAAUAAUGAGAGCGCCGACCCCCGGGGAGGGAAAGGUCCCUGUCACACUUUCCAAAGUCCAGAACAUUCAGCCGGUGACCGCAAAGUCAGGAACUUGAUUGAGACACACAUAAAAACAUAAUGUAAGAAUCAGCUAAGGAUCGACGGGUGUGCAGUUUGUGUCCAAGUGAGUGGGCGUACAUUGAUCCAUGUGAGCAGUUUCUCAAUUUGAAAGGUAAUCUUACAUGACUGCUAGUACUCAUUAAUAGGUCAUAAUUAUUUGCCACAGUUACAUUUAGGGUUAAUUUUAGCAGAAUUAAAAUUAUGUCCCUAGUACUUGAGUAAAACAACAAUUUCUCAAAGCAGAUGUGGCCCCGUUGAAAAUAAAGAACAGACGCAAACUAGAAAUCGUCAGUGUCACUUGACGUUUUUGAUGAUUUGCCCCUGUUCUCACAGAUGUUCAAACAUUGUGCUGAGAACAAUGACCAUUUUAUUUGCCAGUAAAAAAAAAUUAACAGAUAAGGUUAUGUUUGAAGUUAGUUAUUUGUGAAUUGUACUGGUGCUGUAUUUUCAGCUCAGCUGUUCAUUUGGAGAACGAUAAGGAAAGCUGCAACUCUAUAGACUACAACGUUACACACUAGCAUUCUAGAUAAUGAUUGCUUCUUUUUAGAGAAAUUUACAUUUGGGAAGGGAUAAUAUGAUAAACAAUACAUUAUGAUGUGAUACAAUACAACACAGUGCAACAUAAUAGGGUAAAUACAUUAUGUAUGAUACGGUACAAUACAAUAUGGUGCAAUAUGAUACCAUAUAAUAUGAUAUGGUCCUAUUUGGUGUUGUACAAAACAAUAAUCUACAACACAUCAUGAUACAAUAUCAUACUACACAAUAUGAUUCAGUGUCAUACCGUACAGUACAAUCCAAUAUGGUGCCAUAAGAUACACCUAUACUUUGUCUCCUUUGGUAAAUUUGUUUUGGAUCUGGGUAUUUGUGAUUGUAACCAAGAUAUCUGACUAUUUUAAUCCUUGAGGGGUUUAUAAUUGUCAGAAGCAAUUGGGCACAAAGGCAGGUUAGAAUAUAAUUAAAAGGCAAAUUUGGCACUGACAUUUUCUUCUGGCUCAUCUGGCCUCUGGCCUGGAUUUGUUCCCAUUAGACAGGAUCAAUACAAGGGAUCAAACCCAGAAAAAAAGAUCUAAAUACCAGACAAAGCAUGCAAAACAGCACAUUCUGACAAAUUACUUUCUAGACAUGAUAAAAAAACAUGCAUUCAUCAUUACAAUCUGCUGGAAUAUCAUUAGCUUUUGCUACAACUAACUGUCUUCACUACGCUGUUUUGUGGGGCCCUUUUGUUUUCCUUCCUUGUGUCAAAUACAAGCAUCCAGACACAUAUCCAUGAAAGCACUUGCGUCAUCUGCAGCGUUUUGAAUCCAAACACAGUUUGUCACUUGUCACAGUUGGUUCAGGAUUGUGAAAACUAAGAUAGAACAGAGGUGAGAAGCAACGUGACAGUGAUGUUACACAACGGGCAGAUGAUGAGAACACACUCGGCUCUCCGAUGAGCACCGGCAUCGUAUCUGACAGCACCAACGGCUGAUCUGUCAUGAUUCAGAGAUGAAUAAUGACUUCCGACAUUCUCCCACGCACAAAACCAAACAUUACAUGGACGCACUGAACAGAACAGAACAUGUAACACAACAGAAAUACUAAGUUGUUUUUAAGAGUUUAUGGUAGUGAGAUACUUUUUAAUGUUCAGGAGGUUCUUAUUCAAGCUGCUAUUUUAUCAUGUGUCUAUUUUGCAUGUCAUCACACUUUUUGUUAAACUUAGAUUAUUUGUGCACACAUGCAACAUACUGUAUAAACAUUUUCUGUACUGGAACAAAGUUCUAAAAGAUGUUCCUGUCAAGCUUCUUACCGUGGCUCAUCAUCAGAUCAAUGCAGCAAUACACUGCAUAAAACGGCUGCAACAAAUGUUCGUGUAAGUUAACAUUAGUUUUACAACCUUUUUGUCAUUCUGCUUUUUAUUUGACGUAUUUUUGAUUUCAAAGAAGAUGUAAGUAGAACAAGUAUGUACCAUUUUGAAGAGGUUUUCUCAGUCACUGGGCUGCAAAAAAGACACCAAGCUGUCAAACAAGCAGUUAUGGACAAAUCUUCCACUUCAGCACUAAGUGAUGAGUGAAUGUGUUGAUUUGUAAUUUCAUUCUGUUCCUCGCUGCAUUACAAGUUCACAACUGCAGCAGAUUAUUUUUGUUUUCUUCCUGCUCUUUUCUGCAUUUCUUUUGAAUUUAUACCCCGACGUCACAGUGGAUCUUCCCACUCAGUGAUAAAUGUAUUUUCCCAAUUUGAAAUUGAAAUUGUACAAAGUAUUACAACAGUGUCCACCACACUCUCUCUAUUUUUCAAAGAACACAAUAAAAAACAGCAUAUCCAUCGCUCG